CAAAAUGAACAAUGCGCUGAAUGAUACUAGGACUUUUAUUUCGGUUUUAUAUAGUGGUGACUUUCAAAUCAUCGUUUAUUCAAAAUACUGUGUACAAUUAUUGGCUAAGCUUCUAAAUCUUGCAGGAAAGCAACAUGCUUUAUAUAUGAACAUUUGAGAAUAUCAAAAUACUUGUUUAGUAGAAAUAAACGAGUACAAAUACUUUAGAUAUUAACGUGUGUAGGGUUAACGAUCGUUAACCGUCGUUAGACAAGUGCAAUGUCCAACUUCCGAUAAAACAAAAAUGUCAAUCUAAUGACGGAUUCGCGAUUAAAUAUUUUGACUAACCAUUCGAAAGUAGAUUCCGUCGUAUGAAUAGACUUUUCCUGGCAUCAACGCAUGGUGCAAAAUUUGUAUGAUAAUGCGGGAAAAAUCCGUUUAACAGGAAUCUUUCUUCGUGACGUUUAAUAAAACGAUUUGAUAAUCCAUCGAAGAAGAGAAAUGGCCGACGAGAACGGGAGAAAAGCAGACGAAGAGUUAUAUACGUGGAUUUCAACGAUACCAUUUUCAAAGCCAACAAAAAAUUUAAACAGAGACUUUUCAGAUGCCGUUAUGAUGGCGGAAAUUCUCAAAGUAUAUUAUCCCCGUUACGUUGACCUUCACAAUUACGCACCAGCUAACUGUCUAAGCACGAAGAAAGAAAAUUGGAGUUUACUGAACCGAAAAGUACUCAGUAAAAUUGACAUGAAAUUAAACAAAGAUACAAUUCAUCACAUUGCAAAUUGUCAGUCAGGAGCCAUCGAAAACGUGUUAUUAGAAUUACGGAAUAAGGUGUUGAAGAAUUCCGAGUAUCAGAAUUCUUCGAAUACUUCCGGCGAUGAUAAGGAAAAAGAUCUAGCUGAUGCAGGCAAAAACGAGAACAGUGCAAAGAUCAUAACGUCAGAAAAAUUACCGUGUUGUGCUGAUCAAUUAACUUUAAAUAUCGAGUCAACAAAAUCGACACUCGCUCGCGUCAGGGAAAAAUUUCUUGUCAUUCUGCGGUGGCUGAUCGGUUGGUUCUUCGUUUGGAAUUACUUUUCGAGAAUCAAACUUCCAUCGUUAAAAUUUUAUUUCCGAAGUUCAAGAAAUAAAAAUGUCGAGUCAUUUAAACCUGAAAAAAUAUUAGCGAACGACGACGGGAGAGAGACUAUUUCUCGUCAAGUUUGCGCGCAAUUAAGACAAGAACUACGCGAGAAGGAUGACGUUAUUUGCACCUUAAAUCACAAACUUGCAUACCUCGAGAGCGCAAUGAAGCUUCAAGAUCUGCGUAUAUCCAACCUGACAUCGCAAAUCUUGCAAAACGCCGUGGAAUUCGAGCAGCUCGGAAAAAUGCAGGCGAGCAACGACCAGCAAGCCAAGUCCCGACUCCGAUCACAAAUCAUUCGGGAAAAAGUGAAAAUCGAAGUAUAAUGUCCGUGAACUUAAAUAAAUCCUCGAUUGUCGCUGC